GUAACUGCGCAUGCGCAAGACAAGAAAAUUACAGCGCUCGUCAUGGUGCUGUCUUAGCAAACAUGUAGCCCUAACUGAGCAAAAUUUGCGAACACCAACGGCAGCAUGCACCACGAAAAGAAAAUAAGCAUGGAGGACACUUGGACUACUGCCGAGUUGAAAAGACAACUUUCCAGGAGGAGGGAACAGGACCACGACAGAAGGCAGCAUCGCGGUGGGGAAUCCGCGGAAAGACGUCACAGGGACUCCCGAGGGGACAGGGACCAGAGAGAGCGUCAUGCAGAAAGACGGGACUUGCAUCGAGAGGAUCGAAGGGGUGACUGGGACAAGAGGACGGAUGAGGGACGGGACAAACUGGAGGAUGGCAACAGACGUGGCCCCGACUCCAGAGAAGACAAGGAAAAGCGGGCUAAAGUGAGGCCAAGGGAGGGACAUGAGGAGGAGGACAGACACAAGAGGAAGGACGACAAGGAAAGACAAAGAGAGGAAAGAGACAGGGAAAGACGGAGGGAGGAACGGGAUAAAGAAAAACGCAGGGAAGAGCGGGAAAGGAGGAGACCCGAUGAGAGGCUGGACGAUCAAGACAGACGAGAGAGGCAUGAGGAAAGGAAGCAUUCGAGGGAAGAAAGAGAGCAACACCGAAAACAAAGAGAAGAGCGAGAAAGGAGACACAAAGAGAGAGCAUCUCACGACGAAACGCUGAGGCGUGCCAGAGAAGAGGAAACUGAGGAAGAGCGAGCUGAGCGGGAAAGACGCAGAGAGAGGCGGCGCAGGGAAGCGGCUGAGAGACAUCACAGCAGCCCAAGGAAAUCUAAAGCCAGUCACGGCCAGGACACUGAGACCAAAAAAGUUGAGGAGGACGUGAUGCAUUCAAGAAACGUGGCAACUAAAGAUUCCGCAGACAGGGAAGAAACAGUGCAGGCACCAAAGGCUGAGCCUUCGCAAGAGUACGAGGAUGAUUUUGAGGAAUACGAGGAGGAUUUUGAAGAACUAGACGAGGACGGCGAGAAGGAAGAUGAGAAUUUAGAGAUGUCCGAGGAGGUAAAAGCGAUCCAGAGAGCCAUGGGUGAAGAAAAUGAACGAGUCAGAGCGUCGUUUUCUAGACUCAGCAAAGAGGAAGAAGAGGAAAAGCCUGAAUUGUCCCAAGUAAAACGAGAAGAGAAGAAGAACAUUAGAAGCUCACAGCGUGGAAAGUUCAUUGACUUUGCGGCCGCAAAGAAGCGAGAAGCAGGGAAGAAAGUCGCUAUGAAACAAAAAAAGCGCAGUGGAGAGCUGCUUCGCUUAAUUGAUCUGGAUUUGUCCACUACGGUGUCCCUUCUGGAUUUACCACCAGUCAGUGAAUAUGACAUGUACAUUCGGAACUUCGGUGCUGCUAACACAAAGCAGGCUUACGUGCAGUGGAACGAGGAAAAUGCAGACCGGGACAUUCAAACUGAGGAGCUGGAGUUGAGUGACAAGUGGACGCAGCAUCCCGCAGAACUGAGCGGUGCCUGUGGCGAUCCAAACCGGACAAAUGAAACACGAAGCAUAAGUGGGAUGAACUUGGAUUCAAGACGUUUGGCUGUCUUCCUGCAUUCUGCGUCCCAGGUGAUGGCAGUGCUGCUGGAGGAGGAUCACACCGAAAGAAGCUCCCUACAAGGCCGAAAGACGCAAAAGGAUGCGCUGUCUUUUAGUGACGGAAGUCUACAGCUCAACACCAACUUGCAUUUUCUCCGCAGUCGCGUCAUCAGCCAGGUGCUCUUCUCUCAGGCGCAGAGGCACACUCUCCUGUCGGUUCACAUGCCCUCAGCUUCGUCCAGUGACGUCAGGCUGCAUCACAGCUGCACCAUCAUCUGCGUCUGGAACAUGUGGGAGCCGUCUAGACCGCGGAAGGUUCUGCUUUGUGACUCGGAGGUGCAGUGCUGCUGUUUCAGCCCAGGAAAGGCCACAUUAGUGUUCGCAGGUACUUCCAUCGGUUCCGUGGCGGUGUGGGACCUUCGGGAGCCCGACGGGAACCACGAACGCCUGAAAGUGGGCGAUGACGAGUGGACUUUCAGACGACCCACUUUCUCCACCGAUGCAGUGCCCUCAGCCCAUUUCUCAUCAGUGACGUCCGUGGAGGUUGUUACCACCACUGUACCCGGUGGGCCGGGGUCAGAGGUGGCCUUUUUAGCAUCUGAGGAAGAGUUGUUGGGAUUGUCCUUUCAAUUGGCAUCUCUGGACGAGAACGGGCUUCUGAAUCUUUGGGUGGUAGUGCAACUCGCAAAAGCCAAUGAGGCUGGCUCCCAGACAGACCUAGGGCUGAGACCGGGUGGCAAAGUGAAGCUGCUCCACAGCUCCGGCUGCGUGACGGCCGAGGGGGUGUCGCCCUCGCACGCUGACAAAACGGGACCGAUGCAGUCGCUUCAUUUAAAAUUUCUCCCCACUGACCCCAGUCACUUUUUCAUCGGUAACAAUAUGGGUCAGGUCAACCACGGCACCACGCAGGGAUUGAAGGCCUUGCCCAGGUGUUACAGCUCGCAGGAGUUAGCAGCCCGGCUUGUUGAUGUCACCGCCAUCCAGUUUUCUCCUUUCAAACCACAUUUGUUUUUGGUUGGCUGCAACGAUGGCAGUGUGCGGUUGCACGACUUCAACAGUGACAAACCGGUGGCCGAGUGGACCGACAGCACUGCCGGGAAGUCUGUGGUCUCGCUGCAGUGGAGCCAGACCAGAGCGGCGGUCUUCUGCGUGUUGGACGCCGCAUCCCGCCUUUACAUUUGGGACCUGCUGAAAAGAGAAACAGCGCCUGUGGUUACAGAGCGAUUAAACACCGACAGGCUGACGGCCAUGGCUGCGUUUGGAGAUCCGGCACAACUGAACACAUAUUCAGGAAUAGCGACAGCCCACCAAUCGGGUAAAAUAGAAAUGCACUAUUUCACACGGGAAUUUACCAUACAAAGUAGUGAAGAAGAAAAAACAUUAGAAGGAAAGAUUUUAGAAUCCUUUUGAAACACUUUAAGGACUAUAUUUGUGCCUCAAAUGGUUAUUUUGACAGUGAAUUUAAGUUUUUUUUUUUUUUUUUUUUAAUAUAAAACAAAUGGAAAAAUUACUGGGUUUUCAUGCCAUUGUUUCUAUUUCUUUUUUUCAAAUGAAUAAAACAAAAUGAAUAAAAAAUUCCCUUUUUAAAAAUAUGCAAAAAUACGAGGGUCAUUCAACAAAUGGGGGAUUUUUCGGUAAAAGGACUUCUAAUACAAAUAGCUUACUUUUUUUCCCCUUCUCAACGAAGUCUCCCAGCACUGUCACACACUUUUCCCAUCUGUGCACAAGCUUUCCGUAUUUCCUCAGCGUAAAAAUCUUUGGACUGAUGUCUCAGCCAGUCGCUCACAACACUUUUGGCUUUGUCGCUUUCAAACAUUGUGCCAUUUUGUCAGACAUUUUUUCGGCGGUACCAUACACACUUGACAUUCUAUGAAUUUCAACUAGUUUGCACUUUGCAACCUUCAGCAACCAAAAACUUUACAACUGAACGUGUUCAAUCCUGGAGCAUGCGUCUUGGUCGGCCAUCUUUUUUAAUCGCCGAAACUCUCAAAGUUUUUUUUUUUUUUAAUCUGCAAAAGAAAUUAGAUGCACGUGAAAAGUAAGUAAGAAUACUGGUAUAAAAGAAUAUCUUAUGAUUGAGAGAUUAACCAAAUCACAAUUGUCAAAUUGAAUAAUUUAGUUAAUUUGAUAAUCAUGUGUAUCGAUUAAUCGUGGAAAGCCCUAUUCAUACUCAUGACAGACAUGUAGAUUUUGUAAUUUUUUCCACUCAUGUAUUUGUGUAUGGUUGAAAAUGUAAAUAAAAACUGUGUACCACUAUAACACAAUCUGGAG